CGAGAGAUUGCAGGAAGAAAUUCGUCUUCGUACUUCAGCACGGAACAAGCCCCUUCGAGGCGGGAUGCAACCUGCCAGCGCACCGCUGCCAUCGCCGCUGCCCGCCCAGCCGCUUCCAUCAAGAACGCUCAUACUAUGUGUGUGCAUGCAUGCGUUAGCCUUCCUUGCUGUCCAGGCCUUCUUGGCGUAUGUCUCUCCACUCAGUGCAUUGGUCAUGGCGCUCAUGUUCAUCCCAUUCCUGUAUCGCUUAUCGUAUCAAGCGGCAGCAGAAUGGAGAGGUGGUGAAGGAUCUCUUGAUCGCCCAAGCACGAUUGGCGAGCGCCAGCGUCUCUUGCUGUCUCCGUCAGAAAUCAACUUGCUCUUGACCGACCGUGACUUUGAUUCGAACGACUACGAACGUUUGCUCAUGUUGGAUGUGAACAACGUGAAAAAGUCGCAUGGCGCCAGCGAGUUCGAGAUCAACCGCUUGCCGGUCAUCACAAUGAGGUACGACCUUUCACACCAUUGUGAAGGUCUCAACCUUGGCCCAGUGAAUCCAUGGUGAAUGCAAGCAGGAAGGAGGGCGGGGUCUUGGACGAUGUGAAGUGCUCCAUCUGCCUGGAAGAGCUAUCAGUCGGGACGAAGGCACGCAUGGUGCCGUGCUUUCAUAGAUUCCACCCAGGGUGCAUCGAUCCGUGGCUGAAGGACAAGGCGGAAUGCCCCAUCUGCAAGUACCCCGCAGUUGCAUGAUGGAGAAGUGUGAGUCCUGUGAUAAUCGAUGUGUUGCGAUGAUGGAUAACCUGUAUUAAUUUAUAUAUGUUUCCCAAA